UAACAUCAUUAUCAUCGGGCUGGUUGUGGGAUGAAGUUUGAUACUACUAUCUAUUGAUGUGAUGAAUAAUAAUUGAUAUUUUUUUUAUUAUUUACAUGACUCAUAGUAAAAAAAGUUGUUAUUAAAUCCUAAAAAGUAAAUGAAUACCCAAACGGAAUCCCGUAAGCGGCAUGUUAUCUGCAUGGCGUCAGAUUUUUUUUAUCCUAACACCGGUGGAGUGGAAGAACAUAUAUACAAUCUGUCACAAUGUUUAAUAAAACGUGGACACAAAGUUAUAGUCAUCACACAUUCGUAUGGAGAGAGGGUCGGCAUACGGUACCUUACUGGAGGGCUCAAAGUUUACUACUUACCUGUGACGGUAAUGUACGCCCAGUGUGUACUGCCAACUAUGAUUGCCCACAUAGCAUUAGUCCGAUACAUCUUGAUACGAGAAUGUAUAGAAAUUAUACAUGGUCACUCAGCAUUCAGCGUAAUGGGCCAUGAAGUAUCAAUCAUAGGCAAACUGAUGGGAUUGAAAACUGUUUUCACUGACCACAGCCUGUUUGGUUUUGCCGAUACCUCAGCAGUAUUAACUAAUAAGUAUUUACAGAUGUGCCUGUGUGAGUGUGACCAUUGUAUAUGUGUUUCUCACACGGGCAAAGAAAAUACAGUGAUGAGAGCCAAAGUAAAAGCUCACAAAGUAUCAGUUAUUCCCAAUGCGGUAGAUGCAUAUAAUUUUACCCCAGAUCCAAGCCAAAGAGAUCCAAAUGUGAUAACUAUAGUCAUUGUCUCCAGAUUAGUUUAUAGGAAAGGUGUGGAUUUGAUGGCUGCUAUUAUUGCUGAAAUGUGCCCCAGAUAUCCCAAGUUAAGAUUUAUAAUUGGAGGGGAUGGUCCGAAAAUGUGGCUUCUGCAGGAAGUUAGAGAAAGAAUGGGCUUCCAGCACUGUGUGACAUUAUUGGGGAGUCUCAAACAUUCUGAAGUGAGAAAUGUUCUGGUGAAAGGUGAUAUUUUUUUGAACACUUCAUUGACAGAGGCUUACUGCAUGGCUAUAGUGGAGGCCGCAUCCUGUGGCCUGAAAGUUGUGUCUACUAAAGUUGGUGGGAUACCUGAAGUGUUGCCUGAUAACAUGAUUUACUUGACAGAACCAAAUGUCAGUAGUCUAGUUGAAGGUCUUGAAAAUGCUAUGCAAGAUUUGAGUGCGGGCAAAAUGCUGUGUCCAUUUGAAUGUAACAGAAUGGUUAAAAAUAUGUACAGUUGGAUGGAUGUGACUAGAAGAACAGAGUUAGUGUAUAAUAAGAUAAUUAGGAAUAAGAAUAAACCUUUAGGACAGCAGCUACAUAGUUACCUGACAAGUGGGGUGUGGCCGUGGUUGUUAGUUAUAAGUUUGGUGUACUUAUUAUUGCAACUUGUAGAGAAGAUAUACAAAAGGAAAAACAUUGAUAUAGCAAGAAAUCUACAAUUAUAGGACUUGAUAGAAAUAACACAUGUAUUUUGGAAUGACAUUUAAUAUAAUACUAUGUUCAAAUAAAAAGUUCUCCAACUAUUCUUAAAAAUAGGCAUAAUUUAACAUUAACAAAAUACAAAAUAAUGAAUUUAAUAAACAUUUCCGUAGGCGUAGCUGGUACGUUCCACUAUGGUAUAUUAGCACUGAACAAGAUUAUUUUUAUACAUGCUUAUAUUUAUUAUUAUAAUUUAUGAUUAAUCUCCAGACAUUGGUUCCAAUGACUGAGAACGACUGCCUCCCAAAGUCUUCAUUUAUGCUCUGUAAUAAGAAAAUAUUUUAUAUUUUUUACUGAAUUAAUAAAGAAAAUACUAUUAACAGA